AUGAUCCCUCACAUGGCCCUGUGCAAAUUCUUUCCCCUGGUUCUAGUCGGGGUUGUGGUGUUCACUGUGAGUGGGAUCUUUGGAGACCCCUUGUAUGAGUGCCUCCAAGACACUGACUACAGCGAGCUUCUCAACAUUGUGGACAAAGGACUUCCUGCCACUAAGACACCCCGUCAUGUAGCAAUCAUUGGCGGGGGCAUCGCUGGACUGACCGCUGCAAAGUUAUUAGAAGAUGCCGGACAUCAGGUAGAUGAAUUUAUAUGGCGUAUUGGAGGACGUAUAGAGACCUUCAGGAACAGAAGUGAAGGCUGGUAUGCAGAAAUGGGCGCUAUGAGGAUCCCCAGCUUUCAUAAGUGA